AUUGGUAUGAUGUAUGGAAGCGAGCAUCUUGUUCCAGGAUGAGGUAGGAUGGGUGGUGUCGGAGGGUAGAGCUGAUCUAAUCUAAUCAUAGAAUCUGCUACAGCAUUCCCGGCACAAUUAAGAUGGUAUGCUUUAAUUAGAUGAAAGGAAACUUGGAACUGAGGAAACCUGCAUUGGAACCUGCAUUAGUUAUUGAAGAUUGGCUACGGAGGCUCGGUCACUGAGUAUGUUCAAGACAGACAUGAAUAUUUUUCAUUGAUGUGAGGACCAAACUGAAGAAAAAAUGACCUUCACCUUACCUUCACCAAUCUACCUAAUGCAGCUGCAUCUUCCCUUGACAGCAUUGAAAGGGCACUAGAACCUCGACCGGGGGGAGAGAGAGAUGACUCCAGAUACAACAACUGCUGAACGGGAUAGACAGAGGGGAGCUUUCUGGAGGUAUUCUUUGCAUCCAGCUGUGUUGUAUUACACCUCGACUGCCUAAGACUGUCCACUAUCAUUGUCUGUGUUGACUAAAGCUGCGUUAGAAAGAGACCCAGGAGAAAACAUUUUGAACCGCUGCGAAGGAACAGACAAUGCGUUCUGAUCCUCCCCGUUCUCCGGCUAAUGCAUCCCCAAAUCCCAAGUGUCCUACAAAAAGAAGGAGGAUUCCUUUCCAUAGCAUGUUUCAUGGCAAAUCCAAAGGAAAACAGAAGCAGGAAGUGUCUGUCUCCAGCAUCGAGAGCAUCCAUGUAGAAGUGGCAGAGACCGAAAAAAAACUACACGUGUCUGACAGUAGGACAACCUUGACAUCUUCAGAUUCAGCAAAGAAGGCAUCGUCUGGUUUUCUAGAAUGUCCUCUCUGCUUGGUGCGCCACCCAUUCGAGAAUGUGCCCAAAAUUAUGACAUGUCAUCACCGUUCCUGCCUUGACUGUUUGCGCCAGUACCUGCGGAUUGAAAUUACUGAAAGUCGCGUGAACAUUAGUUGCCCUGAAUGCUCAGAACGGUUGAAUCCACAUGAUAUUCGAAUGAUACUGAAUGACCAGGCACUGAUGGAGAAGUAUGAAGAGUUCAUGUUACGUCGAUACUUGGCUUCAGACCCUGACUGUCGAUGGUGUCCUGCACCAGACUGUGGGUAUGCUGUGAUCGCUUAUGGAUGUGCAUGCUGCCCAAAGAUCUCCUGUGGGCGGGAUGGCUGUGGCACUGAGUUCUGUUAUCAUUGCAAACAACUCUGGCACCCGAAUCAGACCUGUGACAAUGCUCGUCAACAGCGAGCUCAAAGUCUCCAGAUUCGCACAAAGCAAACAACAGUACUGAACUAUGGCCAGGAAUCGGGCAAUGGUGAUGAAAUCAAGCCAUGUCCACGAUGUGAAGCCUACAUCAUUAAGAUGAACGAUGGAAGCUGCAAUCACAUGACAUGUGCUGUAUGUGGCUGUGAGUUCUGCUGGCUGUGUAUGAAGGAGAUCUCUGACCUUCAUUACCUCAGCCCUUCUGGUUGCACAUUUUGGGGAAAGAAGCCUUGGAGCAAGAAGAAAAAAAUUCUCUGGCAGCUUGGCACUCUAAUUGGUGCUCCAGUGGGUAUUUCCCUCAUCGCUGGGAUUGCUGUUCCUGCCAUGAUCAUUGGCAUCCCCGUUUAUGUCGGCCGUAAGGUUCACAGUCGUUAUGAUGGAAAAAAGACUUCAAAGCACAAAAGGAAUUUGGCAAUCACUGGUGCAGUUACCUUAUCGGUCAUUGCUUCUCCUGUGAUAGCAGCAGUCAGUGUGGGAAUUGGAGUUCCCAUUAUGCUGGCUUAUGUUUAUGGUGUGGUCCCAGUGUCACUCUGCCGUGGCGGUGGCUGUGGUGUCAGUGCAGCCAAUGGAAAAGGAGUGAAGAUUGAAUUUGAUGAAGAUGAUGGGCCAAUUACAGUUGCUGACGCAUGGCGAGCUCUGAAGAACCCCAGUAUUGGAGACAGUAGUGUUGAAGGAUUGACCAGUGUCCUGAGUACCAGUGGCAGCCCCAUCGAUGGCGUGAGUGUGAUGCAGAGCAACUGCAGUGAGACUGCCAGCUUUGCAGCUUUAUCAGGAAGCACACUGGCUGGAGGGGCACUGUCGGGGAGCAGUGGACAACAUGGCAGGCUGGAAAUUCAAACUGAUAUUCAAAAAAGAAACAAAUUGCAUAAAGAUUCCGUCAGCCUUGGGGCAACCAGUGAUAAUGCCAGCACUAGGGCCAUGGCAGGUUCUAUCAUCAGCUCCUACAACCCACAGGACAGGGAAUGCAACAAUCUGGAAGUGCAAGUUGACAUUGAAAGCAAACCCAGUCACUUAUGUUUUACCAGUGAUAGCAGCAUUGAUGAAUUGCUUCACGUCCACUCUCAAUCAGUGGACGGACUUUGCCAUGAAGAGAAGGACAGUUCUUUCAUGAGUGACAACAGGGAUUGCAACACAUAUGAUGUAACACUUGCUCAACCGGAGAGCAUAAAAAGUGAUGAAAAUAGCACAGACUCUCAGUCAGAUGAUGUGCCUGACAUUAGUUCUGAUGAAUGUGAUUCACCCAGUCCAUUUAAUGGCAGUCAGUUGGAAAUCACAGCUCCAGGUAUCAAGCUCUUAAACAUCGAAAGUUUGGAGUGUGAUGACGAUGAACAAAGGGAAUGUUUUCUUGAGCAAGAUGGAAAGCAAAUGGAAACUGUUGUACGUGACAUCUAAAUCCACCCAAUCAUCACUAAUUCAUCAACCCACAACAUGCACCUUAUUCAGAAUAUUGAAAUGUUAUGUGUCUCAUUCUGUUGUUUUAAAUAUACAAAAUGUUAUUGCAUAUUUGAAUAUCACAUCCUUGAUGCAGUAAAUAAAGAUGUUAAUCACUUACUUUCUUGAUUAAAUUAAUCCGGAAAUCUUUUGCAUGAAUUUAAGCAGAACUGUUUCUCUGCCCAAAAAUAGAUUAUCCCAUAUGGGGGAAAAAAUAUUCAGACUUGUUCUACUCCGCUAAAAAUUGAGCUUUUCUAGGUUGCUGGGUGACCUGUUGGAUUCUAAACAAUCAUUUUUGUGAAGAGAAUACAGUAAAUAGAUUCUUAGUGAUUUGGUAAAGUAGGUGCUGAUCAACAGGCUGUGACAUCCUCAGUACAGUAUAGGGUAAAGUAAAUCCUUAAUCUGGAUUUUCAGAUUACUUCAAAUUUGAUUGUAGAUUGAAACAGUUGAGGUAAAUGCUGCAAAAUCAAUAAACUAGUGUUAACUCUACAAAACCAGAUACUGAAUGUUAUAAUUUCUUGAGAAUAAGCUACACUAAUUCCAUGGCAAAAUGGAAUUAAUGAAGGGAAGCUGUAUUGAUCAUGUAUUUAAGAUAGCUUAUUAAUAUUAAACUCAUUAGCAGAGAUUAUAAUAGUAUUUGGGAACUCUGUGCUUUGCCUUUUACAUUGUCAAUAGGCUAGAGUUUGGAAGAAUAUUCCUGUUUUCCUUUUUUGAUAUUGCAUAAUAGCCUGAAAUGCCUUUCUAAGGAAGCCUAAACUGUUCUGCAGUAUCCUAGGAACCAUCUUACUGCUAAUGAGUUGCAAAGAACCAGAAACUGUAUGUUUUAAUUGACAUAAUUCAAAGUGUCUAAUGAGUUAUUUCAGCAUGGAUUAUUAACUCUAGAUUAGUUAAUAUUGGAAUCAAUUUGCUGUAUCUCAAAUCAGCCAGUUUUAUUUAAAAUACUGUAUGGUUUCUGUUUCCUGUUGAUCUCUGAUGGAUAUUAUAAAGAUAAAAAAUGAAAUGGAUAAAGCUAUCAGACCUUUAAUUUAUGUCUUAGACCAAACACAAUAAUUGUAAAUGUGUUUUCAGAUCUAAAAAUGCUUCUGUGGUCCUUUUAGUGUUUUAAGUUUCCUCUUAAAACCGAGGGUAGGAAGCUGCACACCCUUUGUCUAUUGGUAAAGGUACUCCUGGUGACAUAUGUAACCAUAUCUCCUAGCUCAUUUCAAUUUCCCAAGGUCUAAGCCUAGGAAGCAGUUGUGGCAAUACUUCUACAGCCCCAAAGAGAGAUCUGUGUUCCCCUUCAUGAACUCCUCCAUAUGAAAUUGCAUCUGCCCUGAUCCCAACUAAAUGUAUGUGACUGUCAAAUGAAAAUGCAUUUGACAGCCUGCUCAGUACAGACACUUGCAUUGUCCAAGCUCACACAUAAGUAAUUACUUGAGUGACCUUAAAGGCUGCUGGUGCCUGUGGAGUCGUGUGCCAGCAAGUUAGUGCCUUUAAAAAGGGAGUGGGAAAAAGUCAGGAUAAAUAUUUAAAAAAAAAUACAAUCCCCAGUUGGAAUUUCAUCAUCCAUGGAUGGUCAUUCCCAAAAAAAAUUUAAAACUCUAGGUCUUCAGCACCUUGAUCCUUCUCUGGUGCUGGGAAUGCAUGGUGGUAACAUGAAGUCAAUUAUUAGGCCUUGUCUUAUUUUUGUUUUAAAAGUAUCUUUGUUAUUGCUUCAUGUAAAUAAAGUGAAUUACACUUGA